AUACGGCCAGGAAUAUUCUGAAAAUGAGAGUGCACUGAAUGAUAGCCACAUAGAGGGAGAACAGGAUGAUAAAGAAGAUGCUGAAGCAGACACGGAACCAGACGAAAAAGGAGAAACCAAAACCCAGAGACCCAGACUUGAGCAUGUCGAUUCUUGUACCCAAACAGUGGAAGAGGAUGACUGGCCAGAAACUACUCGCCGAUACAGAGGAUGCAGAAAAUGUAGAAGAUAUAGAAACUAGACAGGAAGAAUCGGUGGGAAAAGGGAAAAACACAAACGGGGAUAAACAUGAGAAUGGAAAAGAAAGUAAAAGUUAUAGUGACAGGAAAAAUGACACCGAAGAGAAUCUGGAGGAAAGAGAUGAGAGAAUGAAAGAACUAGAACGCAAAAACGAAGAGGAGGACAAAAGUCAGACGGGAAGAGAGGGAAGCAAAGGCGAAACCAACGACAUAUCAGAGAGCAGGAAAAAUGAAAUUACCUGGAGAGAAAGCUUAGCAGGAGACGAAGAUGAAGAGAAGACAGGAGUACCCAAAGACGGCUGGAUGUGGCAACAGGUGAAUGAUGAGGAAGUAGAAAGCAAUGAGACAGUGGAAGGUGAGGUGACUGUGGAUGUGGCCCAAGAAACGGAGACAGAGAAGCUGAGACGAGAAGGAGAAACCGAUAAUCAAGAAUUAAAGAAGGCGAAGAUCCGAAAUGAUGAUAAGCCUGACAUUUUAAAAGAAUUGAAUGAGGAUAAAAAGAAAGUCGAAGAAGUAAUAACUGAUGUGGAAAAGACGAAUGAGACACAUAAAGAUAAAAAAGAAGCAGCAGAGGUAGAUGGAGGAAUUAAGAAGGAGAAAAGGACAAGAGAUGGACAAGAGUCAACCAGGGAAAAGGUGGAGGUAAAAACAAGAGAGAGGGAGGAAGGGAAAGUAAGAGAGAAGGCAAUAAAUAUACCAGAAGAUGAUGAAGCAGGAAGAACAAAAGUUGAUAAAGGAAGCAUAAGCAGGAAGGAAAGUGGAGAAACAGGGAAAGAGGAAAAAAUAAAAAAAAGAAAUGAAGCCGAGAUACAAAAACCAGACGAAGGCGAAAUCGUGAAAGAGAAAAGUGAAACGGAAGCAAAAGUGGAGGAUAAAGAAAUGCCAAAUGAAGAAAAGACUGACAGCCACACGGAAGGAAGAGGCGGUGCACCAGAGAGGGAAGUCAAGGGGACAAGGGAGAUUGACGAAGGAAAGAGAGAAUCCAGAGGAGGGAGAGGCAGAAGAGUCUUUACACCUCGACAGAAAUUCAGCGAGAAAAGGUCAAGGCAUGAAAGGGGAGACUUUUCUCUGACCGACGAUGUCCGAGUCGGAAUAACAGACGAAACUGCUUCCUCAGGACCAGUUGCCAAAGAAGAGUCGGCUGAUGGGAAUGUAACACCUACUCAAGACGACGGGCCUUCUGGAAGGAAACCAGUUGCAGGGGAUAUGAAACGCGACGAAAACAACGGCGGAUCACCUGAAGUCCGGGUGGAAGAGGCAUGUACUGAACCUGAGGCACAGACCUCCACCCCAAAUGCAGUAGUUUUCGAAGGGAAACCAGCGGCCGUGAGAGAAGACGGUUCGGAAACCAGAGCGGAAGUAGAACCCACUGCUAAGUUUUCUGGACCAGAGGCAGAGACAAAGAGUGGUGCCCUAGAAACGAACGCCUUCCCGCAGGGUGAACUGGAGUGCGAAACGAAAAUCAAGAACAAAGAGGGGGAAGAACCAAAAGCAAAAAGGGAAGUAGAACAAGAACUUCAGUCGCUAGCCGGGAAUGAAGAAGGAAUGGGGAAACGAGAACCAGAAUUUGAAGAAAGCUCCGAAGUUAAUAUGUCUACCAAUGAAGAGGAUGAGAAAGAAAACGAAGGAAUGACACACAUUAAGGCUAAUACAGAGGAGGAGAGAGAAAAUAUUCAAGUGGAAGACACAAAGAAAGAGGCAACAGAUGAGGACCAACAGAGUGAUGAAAAUGAGACAAAAACGCAAGUUGUAAAAGCAAAAAGGGAAGUCGAGACAAAUAACGAAUUAGAAAAUAGGGAAUCGUGUAUGGUAGAGAAGGAAGACGGAGAGCAACUGAAAAUAACAGGAAAAGAAGAUGCCAGAGAUGUUUUGCCUGGCAAAGAAGUGACAGAGGAGACUGCAGCAGACCCUAUGUCAGCUGACCACGAAGACUGGGGAGAAGAGUUGGAGACCACCUCAAGCAGGAAGGAAGAGGACGACCUGGCGCCGCUCAAGCUGGCAGAGGCCUCAAGGGACACCUUUGCCGAGGACGACGACGAGUGCAUCGUGAUCACUUAUCGGCCACCCCAGAAGGCGGUGCAAAGGGGAAGGCCAAGGGAGGGCGCGGGCGUGAGAGGCGAAGCAGACGGCGCUGACCGGAGCCCCAGCGCUUCGCGUCGAAUAGACGAACAGGCGGAUGACGGGAAAGAAAUUAUUGGCAAAGAGGGGGAAGAGGCAAAGAGAAAGAAAACGCGAAGAUCAAAGAGGAAAAAAGUGAAAGAGGGCUCUGAUGCAAAUAAGAAGGAAGGGGAAGAGACACGUGUGAGUGAUAAAGAUAAUGUGGGUGUGAAGGGCGAAGACAAGAAGAAGAAACGACCGAGGCAAAGAAAGAAUAAAACUGAGAAAGAGAAAGUACCGCAAGCAGACUUAGAGGAAGCUAGCAAAAAUGACAUUCGAGAGAGAGAAGAUAGGGCAGCUGAUCAGGAAUCAAGCUCUUCAUCACGGCCUCCGACGCGACGAUGGGUGGAGGAAAUGGACGAGGAGGGGCCUGGCGAGUGGGGCGAGGAGAAGCGGAAAGAGGGGAAUGAAAUGAAUGGUAAUAGAGAUGAAAAAGGCACGGGCGGCGCGAGUCGAGUGCCCGACAGGAAUCUUCCGCCAGAAGUCAAGGCGGGAGAAGAGGGCCCAUCCCUGGCCGUGGAGGAGGACUUCUUGACAGAGUCUGAUGCCCUCGAGACGGAGGAGGACACGUCAUACUAUACAAAAUGCGUUUGAGGAGUACCUUCUGCUCCAAGAGGGCGAAUGUCUCGAGGAGAUGCAGACCGUUGAUCGCAUCUUCAGACAGGUGUUUGAGGACUAUAACGACGGCGAGUUUCUUGGGGAGGGGGAGGUGUCCGAAGGAGAAUGCGAUGACUCCCUCCACUUCCUCGGGAGUGGGAGGGCAAGGGAAGAAAGAACACAAGGGAAAAGCAAACCUGUUAUCGGUGUCCGAGUUGAGGGCGAUGGUUGCCGGUCACCCCUCGAAAGGGUCGUGGAGCGGAGCUGAAGGUUUCUGGCCCCAAAGAGAAAAGAGUCGCGUCCUCAGAACUCGAGGUCGAGUCCAAGAAUGAGCUCGAUGUCCAGUCCAGCCGCACUUCGGUUCCGCCAGGGGCUGAGGUGAUGCAAGAGAAGUUGAAGCGCUCGAGCAUGCGGACACAGGCCACGCAGACCGACACCAGCGCGGGAAGGAAAUCGCUGCCCACCUUAGCGCUUAGUCCCCGCAGCGAGAAGCUGCAUUCAUUUAGAUAUAGUGAGAGAUACAAUGAAAUAUUUGGUGCAGUGUCUGCAUGA